GAGAAGCCCGAACAGCUGUCCAUUGAUGGCUGUCUUCUUUUUCUGAACCAAUUCUCUUCAAGUGAUUUAGUUAUUAUCUUGACAUCACUACUAUUAAACUGUCGAAAUGUCAACUGUCAAUUAUUGUAAAGUCAGUAGAUGUGUCAAAGAGAAUUUAUUUAAAAAAUAAUUACAUACCUAAAAAUGUACACGUAUCAUUCGUUAAAGCAUAUUUGUUUUUGUUAAUAAUUGCACAUAUUUUUAUUAAUCUUCAAAGUAAACGUUAUAAGUUAAUUUACGGCAUUAUGUCGACGAUACGAGAAAAGCAAAUACGUGCGAUCAAGCAAAUGUUGAAUUUAAACCAGCCACUAACGAAGUUCAGUAAUUCAGAACCCGUCUGGAAGAUAUUAGUAUACGACAGAGUGGGUCAAGACAUCAUAUCACCUCUGAUUUCAAUAAAGGAACUUAGGGAGCAAGGUGUAACAUUAUUUGUACAGUUACAUUCAGAUAGGUAUCCAAUACCUGAAGUACCUGCUGUAUAUUUUUGUGCACCAACAGAGGAAAACUUGGGUCGUAUAUCCCAAGAUUUUCAAAGAGGGAUUUAUGAUAUUUACCAUUUAAAUUUCAUAUCACCUAUUUCAAGACAAAAAUUAGAAGAUUUAGCAUCUUCUGCAAUAGCUGCAAAUUGUGUUGCUAAUAUACACAAGGUAUUUGAUCAGUACAUAAAUUUCAUCAGUCUUGAAGAUGAUCUGUUUGUAUUGAAACAGCAAAAUAGUGAUGAGAUAUCAUACUACAACAUAAAUAAAGGUGAUAUAAAGGAUACAGAAAUGGAAGAAAUCAUGAACACCAUAGUUGAUUGCCUGUUCUCAGUAUUUGUUACAUUGGGUACGGUCCCGAUAAUCCGAUGUCCGAAAGGUAACGCUGCUGAGAUGGUGGGCAAACAGUUGGAAAAAAAGCUGCGCGAGCACUUGUUCCACGCUAGGAACAGCCUGUUUGCCGGGGACGGCGGGUUAGCGGGAGCAGCAGGGACACAGUUCGCUUUCCAGAGGCCGCUGUUGCUCGUGCUGGACAGACAUGUGGACAUGGCAACUCCGCUGCAUCACACCUGGACGUAUCAGGCGCUAGCACACGAUCUGUUGGACCUCGCUUUGAACAGAGUGGUCAUCGAGGAGUCGCAACCCACUGGAGGUGCUCGAGCAAAGAACCGCGCCUGCGAAUUGGACAGCCGCGACAAGUUCUGGUCCCAGCACAAGGGCAGCCCUUUUCCGACAGUCGCCGAGGCGAUUCAGGAGGAGUUGGAACAGUACAAGUCUUCUGAGGAGGAGGUGAAGAAACUGCGCAGUUCGAUGGGACUGGAAGAUAAAGAGAACGACGUUGCUAUGGCGAUGGUCGUCUCGGACAACACGGCCAGGAUUACGACUGCUGUCAAUUCUCUGCCGCAACUUAUCGAACAGAAAAGGCUGCUAGACAUGCACACCUCCAUCGCUACAUGUAUUCUGAAUCAUAUAAAAUCUCGUAAGCUGGACACAUUUUUUGAACUGGAGGAGAAAAUAAUGUCUAAGGCGCAAAGCUUGGAAAAACCGCUAAUGGAAAUACUGAGCGAUCCGAAUGCUGGCACGCCCGAUGAUAAACUGAGACUGUUCAUUAUAUUCUACAUUUGCAGCACGCAGAUUUCAGAUUCGGAUUUGAGGAAAUACGAAGAGGCGCUCGCUCAGAGCGGUUGCGAUCUGACGCCGAUCGCGUACAUAAAGAGAUGGAAGAGUUUUUCAAAAAUCGCCAGCGGCAGUUCGAAUCUGAAUCAAUAUGAGGGUGCAGGCACGAAAACGGUCAGCAUGUUCUCUAAAUUAGUUUCGCAAGGCUCAAAUUUUGUUAUGGAAGGAGUCAAAAAUCUUGUUAUUAAAAGACAUAAUUUGCCAGUGACCAAAGUGGUAGAUAACCUGAUGGAAUUGAAGAAUUGCCCAGAAAUGGAGGAGUACCAUUACUUAGAUCCAAAACAAUUAAAACUGACGGAAAUGCCGAGAAAUAGAUCACCGUUUCAAGAAGCUAUUGUAUUCGUUGUCGGAGGUGGGAAUUAUAUUGAAUACCAAAAUCUGGUUGAUUAUGCAAAGAGUAAAACAGCAUCAGCAGGAACAUCAAGGAAAAUCGUAUACGGUGCUACAACUUUGAAUAAUGCUAAACAGUUUUUGAAACAAUUAUCAUUGUUGGGACAGGAGAUAUAAACAGUCAAUUUAAUAAUACAUAAUGUUCACGUGUAUUUGUGUUUAAUAUUUAAGUUAAACGUUCACAAAAUUUAUGUGCAACAAACACUGCAACUUAUUUAUCUUUUAAUAAUACGUAAAAAAAAUUGACUCAAUUCUGAUUGGAAAUGUUAUUCUUAACGUUUAAGAGAUAAUGCAGCUACUUCGUCUCUAGUUUAAAAAUGAAAGCAUGUUACAGCAAUGGGGGGAAAAGGAAGUAACGCACUUUUAGAAUGAAGAAAACGACAUUCGAUAGAUCGCUCCAAAAAUUAUCCCAGAAAUUGAAAAACCAAGAUACCAAUAUUCGACAAAGCAUAUAAGUAUCUCGCCCGCAGAAAGAUUGCUUUUAGGUAAAUACAAAAUCAAAUUACAUUUGUUUGCAUUUGUUUAAUUUACAUUAAUCAUUUAUCGCAUAAAAAAUAUUUAUAAAUUAAUUGUAUACGAGAAAAAACAGAGACCAAGCUAGAUAUGCUCAUGAAAUGCAGAACUGAUAUCUUCUUCAGUACCAGCUUGAGAGUCUGCAGCGGUACUUUCUAGAUUCACACUGUACACAGGUGGUUGCGAUUUGGGGAUUGGCUCUAAGCCAGAACUAUGUCCAAAAUUAUAUAUUCCUGACGAGCGAUCCCAAAAGCGGAUUAAGUAGCUGUAGAAUACCCAUACAUUGAUAACUGUCAACUCGUCGGUACUGGGCCACUUUGAUAGCCACGAUCCCGUUGGUUUAUAGGUGUAGGUGUAUAUCGGUUAUGCGCUCUUAAUGAUUGAAAUGACUUGAAACUGAAAGUCUACCAAAUUUUCAUCACUAAACUUGUCAACUGUAUCAGAAAUUCCCAUAAAAAAGUUCAUACUACGCUUCUAUCCUCAUGUGCUGUUAAAUCCAUGUACUUCAUAAACGUAAUGUCCAGUUCACUAAGUUGAUUAUUUUUUAGCCUUUGGAGCCUCACUCGCCUUACCGUUCCCUGACCUUGAUUGAUUGGGUUCCGCAUUUUCAUUAUUGAGACUUAAAUCAUUAACACGUUCGACAAUUGGUUCGAUGUUUUUAAAUUACAAUGGUUAUUUUUCUAUAGUUUCAAUGGCAGUAUUGGUGCUUACGGAAAGGAAUACGAUUCCAGUGUUUUUAAAGAAACCAGAUUUUGGAAAAAUUAAGAAGCACAUUAAAUCUAGCCGAUGCAACUUGCAUGCCUGGAACUGACGUUUGUGAUUGUUGGAGACGAAGCCUUUGGUUUGCACUAUCACUUUUACUUCGUCCAUUCGGAGGCCUUCAACUUAGUUAUUAAAACGAACGUUCAAUUAUCGGCUCACAAGAGCACGAAGAUUUGUUGAAUGUGGUUUUGGCGUUUUAGCCAAUAAAUGGCGUAUUUUUCACCAGCCAACGUAUGUGUCCAUUGAUCUGACUGUAGAUGUGAAAGCUUGUUGCAUUUGGCAAAAUUUUGCACAUAAAGAGGAAAGGUUUCAGUUUGAUAAUGCGAGUAGAAAUCGAAUCCACCUUUGAAUCAGAAUCGAAACUAACACAGUUACCUAUUACGAAUCCAGUUCGUGGAAGUUUGGUGGCUAAUGAUAUUCGCAGCAAAUUUGUACAAUAUUUUAUGUCUAACGAAGAUAGCCUGCUCUCUCUUAUCUAAAUAACUAUGUUUAAGUGAAUUUUUGUCACAAAGGAAACUGACAGCAAAUCGAAUUUUGUCUUUCCCUUACCAACAAAUAACUAAAUAGGUAUAACAAUAAAUACAGUUCGCCCAGGUAUCUGUGUUGAUGAAACGAUGCGAAAAUUCGGGUUGUUGCCACGUCUAAUCUUCCAAAUUGAUGUUUAUGUUGCUAGUUUCCGUUUUAAAUUAUAAACGAAUUGUAAUUUUGGCAAACCCUAACGGGCAAAAUUUUGAACACUUAUUGGAAUGAAAAGCCAUAUUUUCGUGUGUUUUUGUUUUCUAUCUGAACAAAUUAAGAUGAUUUUUCUAAUUUUCUCGAAAACGAAUCGAUUGAUUUAAAAAAAAAUAAACGUCAAAAUAAAGAACUCGUAAAGACCUUUCAAGCAAGUUAUUACUCGAUACCCCUUGUCAUUUAAAAUUUUUAAGGGGAUGGCCCUGGGGGGCAGAGGGUGAAGUAUUGGGGAAUUAUUGUUAAAACUGGUUAUACUUUUUGUAUUAUUUUGUUUAAAUAAACUAUUUCAAAAGAAUAAAAAAACAUAACAGUCGACGAAUGACAUUUGCCGCCAUGUUUGUGUCCAGCGAUAGAAUCAACCAGCGCCACCUUCAACUAACGAGCCAUGAACAGUAGAUAUGGCAACGCAGCUUUGGGGUCUUCCACAGACAGGUGUUUGCCGGCCUUUUCGUUUGUUUAUAUUCCUAACCUCCGACUUUUUGGUGCAAUUUUGUUGUAAAUCUCUGGGAACAGUGCAAUUCAUACAAACCAAAGUAAUCUACUUAGUUUUGCUCUUCAAACCGUGCAGAAAGUAUUUAUUUUAGGUAGUAUAAAAUCGUGCUUUGAUGUGUUUAAAAUGUGUGUGAAUCGGUGCUUGUUAGAAACGUCUGUAUAGUGUGUAGAUUCGAGUGGGUACAUCUUUUCUUUUAAUUAAUAUGCCUAAGCGUUGCUGUGUACCAGGCUGCAAGGGAAACUACGAGGCAGAAUUGAGAUCGACACCCUACAGGUCAGUGUUUCGAUUUCCAAAAAAUGAGGAGUUGAAAAGUAAGUGGCUAGCUUCAAUACCAAGAAAGGACUGGUCGCCUUCUAAAGAUUCUGUUGUUUGUGAUGCACAUUUUCAACAAGCAGAAAUUGUCCGUACGGAAACUUAUGUUCUGCAGGAUGGAUCAGCUAACACAGUCACACUGAGUCGUCCAAAACUUUCAGAAGGUGCUGUUCCAUCAGUCUUUCCAAAUGUGCCAUCUUAUCUAAGUAAGUCUAGAAAAACAUUCCGUAGUUAAGAAAGCUUUCAAAUUAAAUGAAAAAACAAUACACCCAAAUAAUUUUGAUAGACAAAAGGUACAUCUUGCAGAUAACUUAUUCCACCAUUCAACUAUAGCAGCUCUUCAAGAUUUUGGCUUCACAGAAACUGCAGGAUUUUUAGAUAUCAUCAGAAAUUGGUGGGAUGUUAUGAAUAAUAAAAGUUGCAUUAAGGGUAUAUGUAAGUUAAAUGAAUUUUCAAAGCCUGUUUCUAGUGUAGAUGACUUCCGGUGCCAAUAUCUGAGAAAAUUUCUGAUUUGGCUCGAGCAAUGGGACAGUAUUCCAAACAACAAUGGCCGCUUGACAAAU